AAGAUACAUCUACAACCGCAUGGAAAUAGAGGACGAAGAGAUAAUUUCCAAGAAAAAAAAUUAAGCUCAAAAGAUGUUACUGAGAACGAUGGCGGCUGCUUCCCCGCGGUCACCACCGUCAACACCCCUAACAUCACAGCAACCGCCGUCACCCCCGUCGCAGCUUCCCCUUCGUACAAUGCCGGGAUCGUACGGUUGGCCGGUUGUUGGACCUUUGUCGGACCGUUUAGAUUACUUCUGGUUCCAAGGACCCGAUAAGUUUUUCCGGACAAGGGCUGAAAAGUACAAGAGCACUGUGUUCCGUACAAACAUUCCUCCGACGUUUCCUUUCUUUGGCGACGUUAACCCUAACAUCGUCGCCGUUCUCGACGUCAAGUCUUUUAGCCAUCUCUUUGACAUGGAUCUAGUUGAUAAAAGAGAUGUUCUCAUCGGAGACUUCCGGCCUAGCCUCGAGUUCUACGGCGGUGUUCGUGUUGGAGUUUAUCUAGACACUACCGAGCCAAAGCACGCCAAGAUAAAAAGUUUCGCUAUGGAAAUACUAAAACGAAGCUCAAAAGUAUGGCUACAAGAGCUUCGUUCAAACCUAAACACUUUCUGGGGAACAAUCGAAUCCGAAGUUACCAAAAACGGCGCCGCUUCAUAUAUCUUCCCUCUCCAACGUUGCAUCUUCAGUUUCCUCUGCGCCUCUCUCGCCGGCGCUGACGUUUCCGUAUCGCCGGACAUCGCUGAGAACGGUUGGAAAACAUUCAAUACUUGGCUUGCAUUGCAAGUUAUCCCCACCACUAAAGUCGGCAUUGUUCCUCAACCGCUUGAAGAGAUUUUUCUCCAUACUUGGCCUUACCCUUCUCUCUUAGUCGCCGGAAAUUACAAAAAGCUUUGCAAUUUCAUCGACGAGAACGCCGUAGAUUGUCUCCGGUUAGGUCAAGAAGAAUUCGGGUUGACCCGAGAUGAGACGAUUCAGAAUCUUUUAUUCGUGUUGGGUUUUAACGCUUACGGGGGCUUUUCCGUCUUUUUACCUUAUUUGAUCGGAAAAAUCUCCGGCGAUAAUUCCGGUCUCCAGGAGAGGAUUAGAUCCGAAGUCAGGAAAGUUUGCGGAUCCGGGUCGGAUCUUAAUUUCAAGACGGUCAACGAAAUGGAGCUGGUUAAAUCAGUGGUUUACGAAACGCUGCGUUUUAACCCUCCGGUCCCGUUGCAAUUCGCACGUGCGAGGGAUGAUUUUCAGAUAAGUUCACACGAUGCUGUUUUUGAGGUUAAGAAAGGUGAGCUUCUUUGUGGUUACCAGCCGCUUGUGAUGAGAGACGCUAAUGUUUUUGACGAACCGGAGGAAUUUAAACCGGACCGGUUUGUAGGUGAGACUGGGUCUGAAUUGCUGAAUUAUCUCUACUGGUCUAACGGUCCACAAACCGGUACACCGAGCGCUUCGAACAAACAGUGUGCAGCUAAGGACAUGGUUACUCUCACGGCUAGCUUGCUCAUUGCUGAUUUAUUUCUCCGGUAUGAUUCAGUUACUGGCGACUCCGGUUCAAUUAAAGCUGUUGUUAAAGCUAAAUAGGUUAAAAAUUCGAUUAGUGUGUUUUAUGUAAUCAACCUUCAACAGUUUCAUUUGUUCGGACUGUAUAAUUAUAUAUUUAAAAUAAAAUAAUCCGAAUUGAAGUUUUUAAUUAUAA